GGGAAGCAGAUGAUGUGUACAUCAUGGAUAUUUCUAGCAAUAUCUCUGAAAACUUAAAUUACUAUAUUGAUGGUAAAAUUCAGACUAACAGCAGCACUAGUAACUGUGAUGUGAUUGAGAUGGAAUCUAAUUCGGCAGACUUGUAUGGUAUAAAUUGUCUGCUCACUCCAGUUACAGUGGAAAUCACUCAGAAUAUAAAGACCACACAGGUCCCUAUAACAGAUGAUUUUCCUAAAGAGCCUUCCAGCAGCACAAACAGUGAAUCCAAGAAACGGAGAACUGCUAGUCCACCUGUGCUACCCAAAAUUAAAGCUGAAACAGAUUCUGACCCUGCAGGACCCUCGUGUUCCUUGAGUCUGCCUCUUAGCAUAUCAACGACAGAGACAGUAUCUUUCCAUAAGGAGAAAAGUGUGUAUUUGUCGUCAAAGCUCAAACAGCUUCUUCAAACCCAGGAUAAACUAGCUCCUCCUGCAGGGAUUUCAGCAAGUGAAAUACCUAAACUAGGUCCUGUUUGUGUGUCUGCUCCCGCGUCUAUGUUGCCGGUGACCUCAAGUAGGUUUAAGAGGCGGACCAGCUCUCCUCCCAGUUCUCCACAGCACAGUCCUGCCCUCCGAGACUUCGGGAAGGCAAGUGAUGGAAAAGCAGCAUGGACCGAUGCAGUUCUGACUUCCAAGAAACCCAAAUUAGAAAGUCAUAGCAACUCACCAGCGUGGAGUUUGUCUGGGAGAGAUGAGAAAGAAACUGGAAGCCCUCCGUGCUUUGAGGAAUAUAAAAUAUCUAAAGACUGGGCAGCCAGUUCUACUUUUAGCAAUGUGUGCAACCAGCAGCCUCUGGAUUUAUCCAGCGGUGUCAAACAGAAGGCUGAGGGUACAGGCAAGACUUCAGUCCCAUGGGAAUCUGUAUUAGAUCUCAGUGUGCAUAAAAAGCCUUGUAGUGAAUCUGAAGGCAAGGAAUUCAAAGAAAAUCAUUCGAUGCAGCAAACUUGUAGUGCUGUAAAGAAAAAGAAACCGACCACCUGCAUGCUGCAGAAGGUUCUUCUCAAUGAAUAUAAUGGCAUUGAUUUACCCAUAGAAAAUACUGCAGAUGUGACCAGGAGCCCAAGUCCUUGUAAAGCCCUGGAUGCCCAACCAGAUCCUGACCUUGGUCCUGACUCUAGUUUCUCAGCCCCCACUGUCGAGUCCCCACCUGAUGUUUGUCCAUCACCCACCCUACAGACAUCUUCCCUUUCUUCUGGUCAGCUGCCUCCUCUCUUGGUCCCCACAGAUCCCUCUUCUCCUCCACCCUGUCCUCCUGUGUUAACUGUUGCCACUCCGCCCCCUCCCCUCCUCCCUACUGUGCCUCUUCCAGCCCCCUCUUCCAGCACAUCUCCUCACCGGUGUCCCUCUCCUCUCUCGAAUGCCACUGCACAGUCUCCACUUCCGAUUCUGUCCCCCACAGUGUCCCCCUCUCCCUCUCCCAUUCCUCCCGUGGAGCCUCUGAUGGCUGCCACUUCACCCGGGCCUCCAACACUCUCCUCUUCCUCCUCCUCCUCCCCUUCCUCCUCCUCCUCCUCCUCCUCUUCGUUCUCUUCUUCAUCUUCCUUCUCUUCCCCUUCGCCACCUCCUCUCUCAGCAGUGUCAUCCGUUGUUUCCUCUGGUGAUAAUUUGGAGGCUUCUCUCCCCAUGAUAUCUUUCAAACAGGAGGAAUUAGGGAGUGAAAGUCUGAAACCCAGGGAAGAGCCUCAGUCUGCACUUGAACAGGAUAUUGUUCAGGAAACAUUCAACAAAAACUUUGUUUGCAAUGUCUGUGAAUCACCUUUUCUUUCCAUUAAAGAUCUAACCAAACAUUUAUCUAUUCAUGCUGAAGAAUGGCCCUUCAAAUGUGAAUUUUGUGUGCAGCUUUUUAAGGAUAAAACUGAUUUGUCAGAGCAUCGCUUUUUGCUUCAUGGAGUUGGGAAUAUCUUUGUGUGUUCCGUUUGUAAAAAAGAAUUUGCUUUUUUGUGCAAUUUGCAGCAGCACCAGCGAGAUCUCCACCCAGAUAAGGUGUGCACACACCAUGAGUUUGAAAGUGGGACUCUGAGGCCCCAGAAUUUCACAGAUCCCAGCAAGGCCCAUAUAGAGCAUAUGCAGAAUUUGCCAGAAGAUCCUUUAGAAACUUCUAAAGAAGAGGAGGAAUUAAAUGAUUCCUCUGAAGAACUUUACACAACUAUAAAAAUAAUGGCUUCUGGAAUAAAGACGAAAGAUCCAGAUGUUCGAUUGGGUCUCAAUCAGCAUUAUCCAAGCUUUAAACCACCUCCAUUUCAGUACCAUCACCGAAACCCCAUGGGUAUUGGUGUGACAGCCACAAACUUCACCACACACAAUAUUCCACAGACUUUUACUACUGCCAUUCGCUGUACAAAAUGUGGAAAAGGUGUUGACAACAUGCCUGAGUUACACAAACAUAUCCUGGCAUGUGCUUCUGCGAGUGACAAGAAGAGGUAUACCCCUAAGAAAAAUCCAGUACCAUUGAAGCAAACUGUGCAACCCAAAAAUGGUGUGGUGGUUUUAGAUAACUCUGGGAAAAAUGCCUUCAGGCGAAUGGGACAACCCAAAAGACUAAAUUUUAGUGUUGAGCUCAGCAAAAUGUCAUCGAAUAAGCUCAAAUUAAAUGCAUUGAAGAAAAAAAAUCAGCUUGUCCAGAAAGCAAUCCUUCAAAAAAACAAAUCUGCCAAGCAGAAGGCAGACUUAAAAAAUUCUCCUGAGUCAUCCUCUCACAUCUGCCCUUACUGUCGUAGAGAAUUCACCUACAUUGGAAGCCUCAACAAGCAUGCAGCUUUCAGCUGUCCCAAAAAGCCCCUUUCUCCUGCCAAAAAAAAAGUUUCUCAUUCAUCCAAGAAAGGCGGACACUCAUCACCUGCAAGUAGUGACAAAAACAGUAACAGCAGCCACCGCAGACGGACAGCGGAUGCAGAGAUUAAGAUGCAAAACACGCAGGCUCCUUUGGGCAAGACCAGAGCCCGCAGCUCAGGCCCCGCACAAGGCCCACCAGCCUCCUCGUCCUUCAGGUCCAAGCAGAAUGUCAAAUUCGUAGCUUCAGUUAAGUCCAGAAAGCCAAGCUCCUCUUCCCUAAGGAACUCCAGCCCGAUAAGGAUGGCCAGGGUAACUCAUGUUGAGGGGAAGAAGCCCAAAGCUGUGGCCAAGAAUCAUUCUGCUCAGCUCUCGAGCAAAACGUCCCGGAGCCUGCACGUGAGGGUGCAGAAAAGCAAAGCUGUUCUACAAAGCAAAUCUGCUUUGGCGAGUAAGAAAAGAACAGACCGGUUCAGUAUAAAAUCUAGAGAACGGAGUGGGGGGCCGAUCACCCGAAGCCUUCAGCUGGCAGCUGCUGCCGACUUGAGUGAAAACAAGAGAGAGGACAGCAGUAUCAAGCAGGAGCUGAAGGACUUCAGCUACAGCCUCCGCCUGGCAUCCCGAUGUCCUUCAUCAACGGCCGCGUAUGUCACCAGGCAGUGUAGGAAGGUCAAGGCUCCGGCUGCAGCCCACUUCCAGGGACCCUUCUUCAAAGAGUAGACUCUUCACCUGCUCCCUGACAGCACCUGAAGUGACCUGGAAUCAGUGAAGCCAAAGGGACCGGCAGUCUGCCCUGCAGGGAGUACCGACCUACCCCAGUUGUGCAAGCCUGCGAGAGAAAGGGAGCACGUGUGCGUGUGUGUGUGUGUGUGUGUGUGUGUGUGCACGUGGGGAUGCGCAUGUGGUCUUCAGACAAGGGUCCUGAACCCCAGGGAGGCUGGAAGGCAGCCGACUCCACACCCCCCUUGGAUGAUACUUGGAAGCAGCCCCCGGGACCGUGGUGUGCAGCUCAGCCUUCCCGUUGGGGUAGGGCUCUCCUACUAUGCAAUUCUUCAAGAGCUCCUUCACCCUGCUUUCUGCUUCUUGAGUUGUCUUUUGCCAUUGUGGGGACUUUGGUCUGGCUGGGGAUCAGCUUCGGUCCUGUCUGAGGAAGGCCUUCAGGUGGAGGCCAAGUUCCCCUUCAGUAGCACCCCCGCUCCCCGCCUUCCCUCUCCCUGCAACAUCUCUGGGAAUCAAUAGCAUGUAGACACGCUGGGGCCGAGCCUGAACAUCCCCCUUGGCCCCAGCACUUGGAAACCCCUUUCCUGGCCUGAGAAACCUGAGCUGAUGGCUCUUGAGUCAUUUCUAGAUUUGACAUUCUCAUCGGUCCAUUACUCUUGAGUCUUUGCAGUGAACCCCCAAAGAAGGUACAUCCGGAAGAAAGACCUUGUCCCCAUGUAUAGAUCUGGUCCCUCCCUCGGGAGCGGCAGACGUGGGGAUGGUGUGUGGGGUGCCCUUCAUCACCUCAUGGUGGGACCAUCUACACCGCUAGUGUCUGAGCUUCUCAAAUUAGCUGCAAAGGGAAACAAAAAAAUUGGGAAAUGAAAAAAGUGGGAGGACUAAAAAGCACAGGGGAAAGAAAAUAGAUUUCUGGAGGCCAUAAAUCGCCUGCCGGGGGAUGACAGGGCCGACUCCUGCUGUCUGGUGCACAGUCCAUGUCUCAGAGACACGGGUGAGCCGAGCUCGGAGUUGGGACCCAGUUCAGGGAGGUUCUUGGGUUUUGUGCCUUUGGGACGGACCCCAGACAAGGAUGUCUGAGACCACUUUGGUGCUGUUUUCUCAGCUCCGUUUUCAGUAGUGAUGCAUCAAACCCAAAGUGGCAGGAGGGAACACUGAAGAGGAUGAGUUAUCACACAAUAAAAAAAGGGAUUUUUUAAUUUUCAGGGCUACUAUGGUUGAUCUUGCAACUCUGUAAAUAUGUAUGUACACACUUUUAAAAGCACGUAUUUAUGUCUUUGACUGUAAAUGCCCCGUUUUUAAAGUUUUAUAACUUGUGUUAUUUAAUGAAUCAGUCGACUGGCUGCAGUAUGGGGUCUGAUAACGGUCCAGGAGAAGGGUCUCACGAGACCCUCACAUAGGCAGAAAAAUGCUCAUCAUUGGCCAACAUCACAGUUUUCCUGUUUCCCACCAAGCUAAAAACUGUUGUUUUUUAAUUUUUAUAAACUGGAAUCCUCUUGCCCGCUCUUACAAUUAACUUUCACAAGCAUGAAAAAUUGUGGCUGUUCCGUAUCCUAACAGUACAGUUUUGUCCCAUAAAUGUUAACACUCAUGAACUGUACCCCAGCCUCUCAGUUCUUGAGCAUUUUCCCCUUUCAGCAGCGAGGAAAGCUCACACACCGGAAGCCUCGAAAGUCACCUUCAGCCAAUGACGGGUUCCAGAAAAUGCUGUAAGGCCCUCGGGGGUACUCAUUUUUGCAUGUGCAAAUGUGCUGGUCACCCUUCAAGUACUCCCAGAUGGUCAGGAAAACUGUUCUGACGACAAAAAUGAGGGGAUGGAUUUGUAAAGAGUGGUGCUGACUGGUCAGCGGUGGUCCUCGAGGGUGGGUUUGUGUCACGGAGGAAGACAGUUCUGUAUCUGCCAUGUGAAGAAAACACAAUAAAAGUGUGAAGAGCGAUUGUCAGACAAA